UGGCCGUUGUCUGGGUGGCGCGGUCGAGUCAUCGCUGGGCCUCACCGCUUGUUUCUUCCAUCCCAGCCCCCCGCCCCGGUGCGGGGGGUCGAUCCGCCGAGCGAGAAGGGAGGCGACGCGGACCUUUCCUAUCGUUUUGUCUUGGCCAGCGACCCGUCUACCCGCGCUGGGGCCUGGGGUCCUUGGGGCCCGCGAGGCCCGAUCUGAGGGGCCUGGGCCUACGCUGGCCCGCCGGGGGGCCCCAUGAGGCAUAGCCUGACGAAGCUGUUGGCAGCCUCGGGCAGCGAUUCCCCGUCCCGCAGUGAGAGCCCGGCGCCGGCCGCGACCUGUUCUCUGCCCCCGGACCUGUCCCGGGCGGCAGCAAGCGAGGAGGAGACGGCGGCGGCCGGAUCGCCCGGCCACAAGCAACCGCGCCGCGACGAGGGCGAGUUGGAGGCCGGGAGGGGGAGCCGCGACGGCGUGGCCGUGCGCGCGCCCUCGCCCGAGGAGAUGGAGGAAGAGGCUAUUGCCAGCGUCCCUGGGGAAGAAACGGAGGACAUGGACUUUCUAUCUGGGCUGGAACUGGCGGAUCUGCUGGACCCCAGGCAGCCAGACUGGCACCUGGAACCCGGGCUUAGCUCGCCUGGGCCUCUCUCCUCAUCUGGCGGAGGCUCCGAUAGUGGCGGCCUGUGGAGAGGGGACGAUGACGACGAGGCUGCGGCCGCUGAGAUGCAGCGCUUUUCUGAUCUGCUCCAGAGGCUGUUAAACGGUAUCGGAGGCUGCAGCAGCGGCAGUGACAGUGGCAGCGGGGAAAAGAGGCGGAGAAAGUCUCCUGGAGGAGGAGGCGGUGGCGGCAGCGGCAACGACAACAACCAGGCGGCGACCAAGAGUCCCCGGAAGGCGGCGGCGGCCGCUGCCCGUCUUAAUCGGCUGAAGAAGAAAGAAUAUGUGAUGGGCCUGGAGAGUCGAGUCCGGGGUCUGGCAGCCGAGAACCAGGAGCUGCGGGCCGAGAAUCGGGAGCUGGGCAAACGCGUCCAAGCACUGCAAGAGGAGAGUCGCUACCUACGGGCAGUCUUAGCCAACGAGACUGGACUGGCUCGCUUGCUGAGCCGGCUGAGCGGCGUGGGACUGCGGCUGACCACCUCGCUCUUCAGAGACUCGCCCGCCGGUGACCAUGACUACGCUUUGCCGGUGGGAAAGCAGCAGCAAGACCUGCUGGAAGAGGACGACUCCGCGGGAGGAGUGUGUCUUCAUGUGGACAAGGAUAAGGUGUCGGUGGAGUUCUGCUCAGCGUGCGCUCGGAAGGCGUCGUCUUCUCUUAAAAUGUAGGGUCAAGUAAUCUGCUCUUUAUCCGCGUUUACCCCUUUCAACUCCCUUACACCAUGUAAAACACCUUAGUGGGACAUCUUCACUGGACACAUUACAGAGGAGGAAAAAAAGUAAUAAUGAAUCCUUUAAGUGUUUAGCUAAAAGCAUGAAUGUGACACUGUAACCAACUCCUAAUGAUAACCUGUGACUAUUAAAUCUCUCUGACAGUUUCUUUUUUAGGUGAUUUCCUUCCUGCCAGGCUCCGUUGUAGGGGUUACAGAACAGUCGUUCCCGCCUCACAACCUGGUAAGGAUCCAUCUCUUCACGUAACGCUCAUGCUCUGCUGCUUAGUCUACUUUAAUGGGCAACAUCUCAAUUUGUGUGUGUGUGUGGUUUUUUUUUUCCUUGUUUGGAAGGUGGGAGGGGAAUCUAAUUUGGGCCCUGUCCACCCUGGAAACAGACUUGUGCUGGUCAAUGUAUUUAAGAUGCUUCUUCUGGUUGAAAUAGCUGUUAAUGUGUCCCCUUGUUCAGACUUGCGUGUACCUAGCUCUUCUGUCCCCAGUGUGGACAUGGCCUUGGAUGACAUCGGUUCCAACUGUACACUGAAACCUGCUUAUAGAGAUACAGUUUGGAGACAGUGAAACAGGUGAAGUUGAAUGGAAGUUCCGAGUUGUACAAGGUGCAAAUUGGAAUUCCAAAUUUAGAGCAACUUUUCAGAGGUUGACAAUAAAUAUUUGAGGCAUGCACAAAUGUGAUAGCUUUUUUUUUGCUGGAGAUGACAGAAAUCUCUUAAAUAUUCAAGAUUGCCUUUUAGUUUUCACUAGAAGAUCUAGAAAUACAAUCUAUUCAGAUACAGAUUUUAAUCUCUCACCAUUAGAGAAGUUGGAAAUUAACGUACUUCUGUGUUUUAACUAAUUGGAUGAAGAAUAAGAAUGGUUAAUGAAAUGUUUUGUUUUUUUUUGAGGACCAGCACAGUGAUUAUCCUAUCACUGUGUAUGAACAAAUUGUUGAACGCCUUUAUUUUUGUUGUAUUAAAAUUUUAGGUUAAAUUUUUGUAUGUAUGAUUAGAUAUUGAAGAUUGUGAAAUGUGAAUGAAAAAGUGUAAAGUGAGGCUUCACAAAGAAUCUCUCUAUUUGAAAAGUAUUAACUGUAUUUAAAAAUACUUUUUAAAAUUGAAUGGUUCUGGCCACUUAAUGAUAUGAUUGAUGCUAUUUUUCCAAAGAAGGAACAUACUCUUCCCUUUAAGUACUCUUAACUAUUGAUGUCCUUCAGUGUAAGAGGCAAUAAAUUCUUUGUGAAACAUCACUGUUUGAUAAAGUAUAUACGUAUUUAGCAUCCUUGUUUUUCUUUGUGCUAAAGUGGAUACAGCUGUUGGGGCAGAAGAGACGGGACCAGCUGCUGGCCACAUUUCCUGCUUUAUUUUAAAAGGUAGUAUAAGAAAUGAGGAAAAAGAGGUAACAUCAGGGCUUCUGCUGUCUUUUAUUUUUGAAAUGUUCAUAAUUAAAAAAUAUUUUCCAGCAGUCCAAAGAUGUAAGUUAUCUUACACAUGUUUUAUUUUGUUGUUAUUUGGUUAUGGAAAUGGACUCUUUGUUCUUGCACAACUGUAAAUGUGUUUUGCUAGAUAAUACAGUUUGAGACCUAUAUCGGUCUCGGUUUCCAGUGCAUCACAGCAUAUUUUGUAAAAUCAUCUACUGCACUUCAGCAUGAAUGGGUAGUAGCCAAACUCACAACCUGGAAUAAUGAACCUGCUUAUAUAAGGGCAGGAACAAGCCCCUCACAAUGCAGCUGCAUGGAUUUUUAGUGCCUACUGAAUUUUUAUAUAUAUAUAUAUAUAUAUAUAUAUAUAAGUAUAUACAUAUAUAUAUAUAUGUACACACACAUACACACACACACAUAAACCAAAAGUAAUUGGAAAAGAUUAUUUGAAAUGACUAAUUUGUGCUAUCUUUAUGAAAUAUGUUAAAUGUAGCUUUUUGAAAGAGAAGCCUUGAAUUGAAAUUUAACUAAUACUUGAACAUUUUUGUAUAUAUUUCUUUGUAUAUAAUUUUGUGCAGUACCAAUGACAAAAAUACGGUGUCAUAAUAAAACCAGGUUUGUUGAUCUUUCAGUCAUGGGCUCAAAGAAUUUAUUCAUCUCUAACAUGACCUUGGAAAAUAAUGAAUGAAAAUAGGAAAAAAAUGAUUGUUGUUAAUGCCGACUCUGGGUCUUAAUCAAAAGGUUCUGGAAGCAGUAAGUUCGUUUUUCUAAAAAUUAUACCAUUCCCUUGGAAUAUUUUCUUCCUAACAUCCGUGCUUUUACUGCAUUAUUUGAAGUUGGGGGCUGGGGAGAAACAGUAAUCAAAGCUUUCUGAAUUGGGAUGUUUUGAAAUUCCAAGUAUAGAUUUAGAAUGUCAUUUUAUAAAUGGCAAUUUGGGGAAUUACUUGAUUAAGAACUUUUGAAAAUGGAAAGAUUAGUAUUAUUUUUAAAGCUGCUUUGUUAGGUUUCUUGUGUUUUAUUAACUGUCUUUUCUCAGUUUCCAUUUCAUUAUUUCUUUUCUAGUUUUGGUGACUUAGUGAUUUUUGUCAUUUUUUUACAUCAACUCAUGGUCUUGUUUUUACAUGGUAAUUGCAUGUAUUUAGGACCUACCUAACAGGGCUUUAAAUAAAUUUGGUCAUAUUUAUGUGUAAGCACAUUUUACUGUAAAUGUUUGGGUUUCUGAAUUUACAACAGAUGUUUAUUUCAGUAUGUAGUAAACAGUAUCUUAAAGUGUCCUAUUCACUACUUGUUAAUUAAAAAAGUUAUGAUUAAUAAGAAACUGUUGUCUUACUAUUUUUAGAAAAUUGUGUUCUGAAUGAUUAGUAUUUGGAUAAAGGAGAUUUCUGGAAUAUAAAAUGAUUGUUUGACAUUUUCAGGUUUGAUUAUGUUUACUUUAAUGGUUAGAAACAAUUUAGUAUUUGGGGAACUUUUGUCCUUUUUUCCCUUAAUUAUUGUGCCUCUAUGGUAAAAUGAUAACAGACUAAAGAUAUAACUUUUGAAUACGGUGGCAGAAAUUCAUACAUUAAUUGAACUAACACAUCAUAUUGACCUAUUUCUAUCAUAUUGACUUACUGUUUUCUGCACUUUCUUGACCAGACUUAACUAAAAUGUAAUCACACCUCUGAUAUAUCCAAAGAAGUAUUCAAAAUAUUUUAAAUAUUUGUGCAUUUUAUAAUCACUAAAUUAAUCUCUCUCUCUUCUCUUUAAACAGCAUAGCAGUAUCUGCAAAAACGAAUCUUUUCCUACAACCUGUUAACUGACUGGACUGAUGGUAACAAAGUAAUUGUGGGAGCCAUGUCGGUCAAAAAUUUGGCAUCUGCUGAAAAAAAUGAAUGCCAUUUUCAAGUUCCCAAAUUACUUCUAUACUGAUUUCACUUUCCAGAAAUGGAGAUAUGAAAAGAUUCUCUGGAAUGCUUGAAAGACUUAAUAGAAAUACAUGAGACUAAGUUAAUUUUGGAACAAAAUUAUACUUUUCUUUCAUGGGAGUGAUACUCAGUUCUUUGCAUACUUUUUAAACAUUGUAACCAUUGGAGAAGAGAAUUAUAGUAUUUGAUCAAAUAUUUGAUAUAUUAGAUUCUUUAAUAAUCAAGAGCACAUUCUAUGGAAUUACUUGUAGUAGACUGGAAUUACAUGUAGUGGACUAGAAUUACAUAAACAGGCCAUCAGUGAUUACAAAGCAUAUAAAGAGUUUGUAUUUAUUUCCUGGAACA